GUGUGUGUGUGUGUGUGUCUGUGUGUGUAUGUGUAUGUGUGUGUAUAAAAGCCUCUCUCUCCAUGCUUUCACUUCAGUCUCAGUGCAAGACUGAAGAGAGGGGAGGGGGACACGACCAAAGGAGAUCCCUGUGUUACAGUGGGAGACAUUUCUUUGACCUUCUUCCUCACUUUCUCCCCCCUCUCCCAAUGUGUUUUGGGUUUCCGUCCUUUCCUCCUCCUCCGUCUUCUUCUUAAGCAUCUCUGCUCUGCUUGGACGGUGGCUGCAUCGAUGCAAAAUGGGUUGUGGCAAUUCCUCAGCCACCAACACCUCAGAAGGGCCAGCAGAAGUGUCCAAGGAUGUGACAGAAGAUCCUUUGGGAGAUGAUGAGAAAAGAAGGAACUAUGGUGGCGUAUAUGUAGGUCUACCAGCAGACCUGACCACUGUGGCUGCCAGUCAGUCCAAGUCCACAUGUAAAGACUAGCAGAUACUGAAGGGAACACAACACAGGAUCCUGCAUAUUCAUUCAGCUACAGACACUCGUAUUACAAGCAGAGAGCAUGUAAAUGCUCCUAUUCUGGCUCACCACACACUGAAUAAUAUCUCAGGCUUUAACACUGUCAUUAAGCGAGGAUGUGGACAGCUUGCCGGGGAUCUGAGGACGCUGCCUCAUGGAGUCAUGGGUGGCACAGUGACACAGGGACGCACAGCAGAGGUCUGCAUACGGCAUCCAUCAUCACCCUUCACUCUGCAAAACAAAUAAAUAAAAAAUGUGGGCAUCGGAGCAGACAAACAUCCACCCUGUGACUGGCUGUGGGUGGCAGCAACGGGCAUUGUGACAGCCAUCUUGGCUUCUCGGUGACGGCACUGGAACGUUCUCUUUCUUUCUCAGGAGGAGAAAGGGGACCCAGCCAAAUAACUAACUAACUGUCUGGGACACAGACACAGACACACACACACACAUUCCCAACAGCCCUCUGCAAUAAUAAUCACUGCUCAGUUAUUUCUCUCAGAAGCCAUCAAUGAUUCAUUGUGUGGCAGAGGCAGAGAGUUAGAGAGACCGAGAGAAAUCGGAGUUUCGCAGAAAGCAGCAAACACAUUCCUGUUAAUGCAUCAGAGAACAGAGGGGUUAUUGAAAAUAUAAUUGAUUUCAAUCAGGGACCUGCUGCAACUAAAGAGUCAGAAAAUUACAUUGUUUUUAAUGAUGAGUCUAAAUGUUAAUAACUAAGUUAUAUCAAGAGUGUUUUAAUCAAUGUCCAAAAUGUCCUGGGUGCAUCAACCAGGUCGUACCUGGUGUCGACACUUAACUUGUGCCCCAGACUGAUUGUGUAACAUCAGCAUAUGAGUCAUGAUACUUAGAUGAUCUCUCUCUCGCCCUCAUGCUCUCUGCAGCAUGUUGUUUUCCCCCUGAAGAGCUCUGAUUCUAGUGCUUCUGGGUAAUUCACACAGCUCUUGCAAUCUUUCUCGGAAGUCACACAGUUUGUUUGUAUCAAACAACAUGAAAUGCGAUCUAUUGUGAAACAGCAAAAACAAAAAACGCCUCAUUAAAUUAUGUUCGGUUGCAAAAAAUUGUCAAAAAGGAAACAUUUUAAGACAGGCAGAGGUGGUGGUUGUGUUGUAUCGUUCCUCAUUUUUCUUACAGUUUAUUGACUUUGUUUUGUAACUGAUUCUAUUACAAUCUAUUUUAUAAAUGAUCUAUCACACUUUAUUCUGAACUUUGUUCUUCUGUAUGUAAUCCUUGAAGGAUAAAGCUGGUGCUUUGCUGUAUUUUUCUUAUUGUCAACAAGUCCCAUGAAAACACUAUAUAUAUAAAUCCCCACAGGCCUGGGAGCCUGAGGGUUCUGCGCAGUAUUUGGUGAAGCCACUCCCCCAGUUUGGGGGUUACAGCCCUGAGUGCUCCGAUUACCAUUGGAACCACUGUUGCCUUCACAUUCCACAUCUUCUUUAGCUCCGAUUUAAGCCCUUGGUAUAUUUCAUGCCUCUCAUGUUCCUUCUUCUUGAUGUUGCUGCUACAUCUAUCACAACUACCUCUGGUAUGGACAGUUUGGCGCUUUCCUCAUCCCUCCGAUCUUGAUCUUAGCUUCUAGCCGCCUUCUCCAUGCAGGGUACUAUGUUCAUCUUGUAGCCAAGCAUCUCACUAGAGAUGCUUGGCUGUGUAUAUCAGCUUGUUGUUUUCAGUGAAAACAUCUUCAUCACAUCACAUCUUCUAGGGUACUCUUUCUCUUAGCCUUGUUAAUCGACCAGGUGGUCUCCAGGUAUCCAGCUCACUUAUGAUCAUCUCUCUCAAGUCAGCUGCCCUUGUGUUUCAGCUGCCCUUUACUUUCAGCUGCCCUUGUGUUAAGCCUGUCUUUUCUUGGGGCUUGGUACCCAACCUCGGAUUGUAGGGGGGAUGACAUCCCCCUGCUGACCUUGCGUCCUGUCCUUGUUGACACGGGCGAUGUCCGAUCCGGUAUGACUCUCCUGUUUGGGGUUUUGGUUUUCUGUGGCACUCAGCACCAAGCCCAUUCUUCCCACUGAAGAAAAAAGUCAAGGUAAAAACAUAUUAAAUAUAUAUUGUUACAUUUUUUUAAUUAUUAUUUUCCCAGGCACUGUAGUUUUUAGCAAAUGUACCUUAAACAGUAGUCAGGAGAAUAAUGCAUUUGUUGGGGACUAUUUUCAGCUGCGGAUUAAUACACAUUUGGUGCUCUAAUGAGUAUUCACUCGCAGCAAGACAGUGUAUAUGGGACUACAAAUCAUCUACAAUGCCCAUCAUGAAGGAAAAUGUCACCUACCACAACUGUGGCUGUAUAUUUGUAAGAAGGAUCAAUUCAUUGUUGUAGGCUUUUUCCCAUGGAAUCUGUUGACAAUCAGAAAACUAUAGAAUAUCACCAGCACAGAGUCCCCAUGAAAAAACACAUUACAGCUGGGUGGGCAUUAAGGGCCAAGGUCAUUUGUCAGCCAGGCUCUUGACAGCUCUCUCUAAUGAAUGUACAACAUCCUCCACUCCCCAGGGCCCUAGACGAGGGUGGAAAUAGGCCAACUUUAAACACUUGAGAUUCAAGAGAUGUUCUUUCCGCAUUACACAAAACGCUUUCCAUGCCUGUGUGUUUGUGUAGGCUUGACUGCCCAGUCGCAUAAAAACAGGGACUUCUUUCACCAUGCCUGAACACAAGCUUACUGUUUACUGUUCCUGUCUAUUUCUUU